GUGGGCGGAGCUUAGCAGUGUUCGGGUUUGAAUGUCGGAGCAAACGGUGCCGAGGGAGAAGGAGGGCGAGUGUUAACGCAGCGGAGAGGCGGCGCCGGAGAGACCGAUUGUUUCCACUAACGGACAAUUUUCCUGUUUGUUCACCCUGCGACACGUUCGCCUCCAUGCAAAGGUUUAAGAUGGAUAGUUCAGAAGAACCUCAAAAGAAAAUCUUUAAAGCACGCAAAACAAUGAAAUUUAGUGGUCGACAACAAUUAGAAGCCGUGCAUAAAGCCAAAGAGGAACUUCUAAAACCUGCAGAGGUAAAGUUACUUAAUGGAAAACAUGAAAAUGGAGAUUCAGACAUAAACUCAUCCCAUCAUGAUCUAGACUACAUGGCGGAAAAAAAGGACAUAAAUGGUACAACAAAUGUUAUCUCUGAUGCACAUGAAGUUCCCAUUGUCAAACUUUCUGACAUAAAAGAAGGUUUAAAAAAUUCCGAUCACACAAAAGACUUGAAACUUACACUUGAUAUACAGACCUCUGAUACUCUUGCAAGUAAAGAAACUGAAAUAGGUGUAAGUGUUGGUGAUAUUAAAACCCAUACAUGCCAAGAUAAAGAUGAAGAGGACUAUGCUGGAAAUAAUUCUCUCGUUAUAGAUGAGGACCAAAAUGACUCCAAAGAAUUGCCAGUAGAGGAUAGUGUGGUACCAUGUGAUGCUGACAUUUCGGAAGAACAACUAAAACUAAACCUUUCUGGGGAAGAGGAUAACCACAUACUUUCAGAAGGAAUACAGGAAGUGGAAGACGAACGUCCGAGGGAGAAAGCCUGUCUAAAUGAGGAACAGGAAAAUCUAGAUCCAUUACCAGAUCAACAAUAUAAGGAAGAGAAUGAAAUGUUGGAGGAGAACCUGAAAUGUACUCUUGAGACUUGUGGCAUGGAUUCUAAGGAAGUUAAUGGUGAAGAGGAAAUCUUAAAGGAGUCGUUACAAAAUGAGAUGGAAAACCUAGAAGUACUUGAAGAGCGAGACAAUAUUGAGGUCCUUGAUGAAGAGGGAUCUGAGAAGCAAGUGAAUGCUUUGGUAGAUGGAUCAGAAGAGGCAGAAGAGACUCUAGGUAUGGUUGUGGCAGAAAAAGGUGGAAGUUCAGAACAAAAUAAUCAUAUACCAGAUACAUUAUCAGUAGAUCAGGAUGCUAAUGAAGAAGCCAUAUCAAGUAGUAUGGAGGUUGACCAGAAUGCAAAAGGUGAAGAAAAUAAAUCCCCUUCGGCCACAGAAGCUGCAUUUGAGAAACCUCUCAAAUUACAGAGUUCUGGUUUAGAUAGUUUAGAACCCAUGGAAACAGAGGAAAUUGUCCCUAUUCUGGAAAAACUGGCCCCAGUGGAGGACUUGAUUUCUGAGAGUGAUGUAAAUAUUGAUGAAGAUAAGGCAGACCUAUCCCCAAGUAAGCUUGAAAAUAGUGAACCUGGACCAAGUGAAGGCUUUUUACGUCUUUCUGAUGAGGAAGAACCCUGUGAUAUUCAAACAACUGAAGAAAAUGGAUCAAGCUCACAAGCUCCAAGAACCGAAGAUCAAGAAGCGGUAGCAGAAAAAGAACAACAAAAAGAGGAGACAAAUGAACAGGAACAGCAAGUAGAGCAAACUGUAGUUUCCCAUCGUAAACGCUCUAAAUCUGAAGACCUUGACAGUGAGAGUUCUAAAAAGCGGCGGUUUGAUAGUGAAGAAUAUGAAGCUGAGCUACAGGUUAAAAUUACAGGAGGAAAUGACCUCAACAAGAAACUUCAUACGGUAAUCCAGAAGAUGUUAGAUGAGAAGCUAAAUGUUUUGCAGUUUGCAGUCUUUGACACAACCCUUGCUGACUUGAAGACAAGAGUGGAGAAAAUUGAAUGCAAAAAACAUGAAGAUGUUUUAUAUGCAAUCCAGGCUAAAAUUGCCCGGUUGACAAAGCGUUUUGGUGCAGCAAAGGAAGACCUAAAGAAAAGACCUGAGCAAACUACAGCCAACCAGCCUGCAUCACCAGAGAAGACUACAAAUGAGGUCACUCCAAGUGGUAAUGCUGUGUCUUACAGAAAUUCCAGUACUGUGAGACAGAUGUUGGAAUCAAAGAGAAAUGUCGGAGAGACUACUCCUACAGCCUCUGUGCAAUCCUCAACCACUGGUGCACCAUUACUUCCAAGUCCAUCCAGUUUACCACUGCGCAAUACUAACACUACACAAAUAUCAGCAACCCAGUCCACUCCAAAUACUAGCCUUCAGGGAAGGGCACCACCUGACUGGAAGCUUAUUCAGCAAAAAAUUAAUGCUUCAAGUAUUGGAUCAUCACAAAACACUGUAACUACCCAGCCCAAGCCUUCAACACCUGUCACUUCCGCUCCAGUGAUGUCGUCGGUGCUCUCAGCACCAAGCACUACAACUGUUGUUGGAAAUACUCAAGUGUCUGCCAGUACCACCCAACCAAUGUCUGUCUCUCUUCAAUCAUUGCCAGUAAUCCUGCAUGUUCCAGUGGCAAUGCCCUCACAAUCACAGAUUCUUCAAGGUACAACUGGAACAUUGGUAACGAACCAGCAAUCUGGAAAUGUAGAGUUUAUUCCGGUUCAAAACCAACCUGCAGUGAGUAACCUCACUAAAACACCUUCAGUGACCAUGGCUGCAACAAAACCCAUAAACAGCUCCUCAUUGCCUAGCCCAGGAAUUCAGAGGAAUUCGCCAGCUAGUUCUAUAGCCUCAACUCUAGCAGUACAGGCUAUAACACCAUCACAUUCUGUUGCACAAAUAUCUAGACCAUCUCUGCAACCUGUGGGAAGUACUGGAGUGUAUAAUCAAGCAAACAAUCGUACGCCUUCACAGCUCAAAUCACCAUUGUCUGGUUUUAGCAGUUCAUCAACACCAGAAUUACCUACAGCAUCAAGACAAGAACAAGCCAACCGAACACCAGUGACACCGAACGCAGAGACACCCGCAAGCAAACGUGCAGCUGAAACCACUACACCUAGUGGGAAAGCUGGAAGUGGAAUUAUUGACCUUACAUUGGAUGAAGAGGAUCAUGAAGCAGCAUCUCAAGAAUCAAAGAGGACUAGCUCUGGUGUUCCGUCAUCCCAAGUUACAGGUCGCCCCUCACAACCUACACAAUCCUCACAGCCAAAUAGUUUUCAGACACAAUCUGUACCUGCAGGACCUUCCCAAACCACCAUACAUGUGUUGCCAUCAGCUCAGACUACUGUUAACAUUACUCAAAGACCAGGGACUCAAGCUCCAACAAGGGCUACAGCACCCCGACCUCCAAGCAAUCAGCAGAUGGUAUAUACUACAACAAAUCUUCCCACUGUCCCACCCUCCACACCUGCACGUAGCACACUUAUGCAGAACCAGAAUCUGAAGCAAAUAAGUCCACAAACAGGAGGUGUUCCCGUUCGAAUGCCUCAAGCCACUGCAUAUGUGGUUAAUAAUGGAAUGGCCAUGGGUACUGCAGGACCACAGCUCACUGUACACCAUCGCCCUGCCCAGGAACCAGCAAGACCAAUUCAUCCAGCUCCACUUCCGGAGGCUCCUCAACCCCAGCGCCUUCCUGCAGAAGCUGGAUCAACUUCUGCUCCUCAAAAGCCUCACCUCAAACUGGCCAGAGUACAAAGUCAAAAUGGAAUUGUCCUUUCUUGGAGUGUAUUGGAAGUAGAUCGCUCUUGUGCUGUUGUGGACAGCUAUCACCUCUAUGCUUACCAUGAAGACCCAACUGCAACAUCUCCAUCACAGUGGAAAAAAAUAGGAGAAGUCAAAGCACUACCACUUCCAAUGGCUUGUACUCUCACACAGUUUGUAUCUGGUAGCAAGUACUAUUUUGCUGUCCGGGCUAAGGAUAUUUAUGGUCGUUUUGGACCCUUUUGUGAUCCACAGUCUACAGAUGUUAUUUCCACCCAGAGCAGUUAAAAGACUAGGACAAAAGACAGAUUUUUUUCAUAGUUUAUGUUUCCAUGUUUUAAGACUCAUGCAUGAAAUUAAAUUUAGAAAAUUUAUGGAAACUGUUGGGCUUUUCAUUCUGGCAUGACACUCAACCGGUUUAAUUUCUCCAACCCUUGAAAUCUUCAAGUUUGGCUGAUAUGCAGUACAAUGUGGAUUGAACCUGACCACUAUCAUUAUUUGUAAUGACUUUGGAAAUGUGUACAAGAAAGGAAUUCAUGAUACGCCAUCCACAUAUUGUAAUGUCAAGUUUAUGAACUCUUUGCAGUGGAUAUAAAAAUGCCUGAAUACAGGAUGGAAGACCUAUAAAUUGUGGAUCAUAUUGAAGUAAAUGGAAAACCUACUUUUCCUUUAACGAUAUAUAAUUAUAGCUCUUAGAGAGGACAAGUAUUACACAGGAACCAGUGUUGUGUGGGUAGUUCUUGCAAAAUGACAAAACUGUGAUGUGAUCUCCACUGGAUGGGGAUUCUAUACUGUUGAGCAAGAAAUUAACAUACAUCGAUUUUAUUCCCUCCGGGCUUUUUUUUUUUUUUUUUUUUUUUUUCCCCUUCAUCUUCUUUGUGAUUUUUUUGUUUUGUGCCUUAACCUGAAAAUACAUUUUCCAUAUUUGUUCCUUUUUGUUUUUUCUUUUUUAUUUAUCCACCUGUCCUCUAGCUAAGAAUACUGGUAGAAUUUAACAUGUCCACACCCCAACGCCAAAGAGGAAUCAUUUUAAAUGCCGGAAAGGUUUUAAUUUAAUUUUUCCUUCCCUUGUGUUUUUUUUUUUUUUUUUUACUUUGAGGUUUUGUUGUGGGUUCCAUACCCUUUUUUGUGUGUAUAUGUAUAUAUUUUUUUGUAAUGUACAAAAUAAAUUCUAGAGUGAGAGAAUACAACAAAACCACAUGAGCUGGGCAGCCUUUUUACUGCCAGAUGAAUCAGUUGUCCACAUACAAUUUUACAUAAAUCUCGUCUCUGUGUGUUUCCAGAAAAUAAACAGAAAGCUCAAUCCCCAUUUUGAUUUCACACUUGGCAGUUAUUCAAGUUUAUUGUGCCUCCUUGCAAACCGGAAACAAGUAUAUUUGAAGAUACAUGCAUGUAUUAUUUCAUAUGUAUAGUGUAUCCUCACACUUUUUAUGGAGGAUAUGUAUUUUUGUAUUGGUAUAGCUUCUCUAGCUUCAAAAUCUUGACAAAAACCUUGGCUAUGCCAGCAUAGGAGUAAUAGUUUUGUUAGCUAUAAUUACUCAGAUGUAUGUUUGUGAAUUUUUGGGUUGAUUUGUUUUUGG